CCCAGAUAGAUGUGCGCAAGUGUAACUUGUGCUAGUGUCCCAACAAUCGUUACAAAAAAAGAAGAGGAGAAUGGUCUGGCAUCACUGUUAAACAUAAACUGUCAUUCUUUUUUCAUUGAUAACUCGUCAAAGCGAUGGCAGACGCAGUUGCAAAGAAACCGAGGGCCGAAAAGAAGGCUACCAAGGAAGCCCCAGCAGCCUCUGACAAACCCUCAGUCAAAAGGAGGCCUCUGAAAAGGCACGGCAGAUUAUAUGCCAAAGCCAUCUUCACUGGUUACAAAAGGGGGCUUCGUAACCAACACGAAAACACGGCACUUCUGAAUGUGGAAGGUACCUCUGCCAAACAAGACAGUUGGUUCUAUGUGGGAAAGAAGUGUGUGUAUGUCUACAAAGCCAAGAACAAGACAUGUGUCCCUGGAAGGCCCAAGUCUGUCAAAUCUAAAGUGCGUGCUAUUUGGGGCAAAGUGACUAGGCCACAUGGUACUAGAGGUGCUGUCAGAGCUAAGUUUGAUAGGAACUUACCUGCCAAAGCAAUGGGGCACCGUAUUAGAAUUAUGCUGUACCCAUCCAAAAUAUAGACCUUUUAUAAUAAAUACUUAAAAAAUAAAUGACAGACUUGUUACAUAUUCUUUGUUCAUUUUUUUUCCCUAAAUA